AUGUCUCCGAUGUUCCUGUUGUUCCUAUUGGCAUUUCAUUUGUCAUCAAGUCAAUCAAACAAUCCUCAGAUGGAAAGCUGCAACCUUUGGCUUGCAGAAUUCCUACACAAUUCGUCCCCUCCUGACUGCUACUGCUACGAAAGCUGCUUGCCAAACACUGAUGAAGAUCCGGUGGGUCUAUUGAAAACAGAGCCAAAGAAAGAAAUACGCCUACGUCGGUCAGAGACAAAGAAAAAAUCUGCAAUGCCUAGUGAUCAACCAGUACAACUGCCGACUACUGCAAAUCAACCAAAGGUGGACUACCGGUACAUUCAAAAUCGAUGCAAGUGCGAUCCCUUGUGCAAAAUCUAUGAUGACUGCUGCCAAAGCAGUGCAUUGCUGUGUCCUUCUAGCACACCCGCUAACCAUAGUUCCAAGUCAAUUGUUGAACAAUCAUCAGAUUCUCUUUCAUCUACCAUGCACGAGUUUAACUGUGUGAACCCUGCAGAGAAACUAAACAAGUACACCACACUGCAAGAAAAACUGGAAGGUUUCUACAUGGUGACGAAAUGUGCAUUCACCUGGUUUGACACUGACAUCAUCCAAGCAUGUGAAGUUAGACAACACAACCUAACAGGAAAUGUCUCCAACUUGAUACAAGUCACACCUGUUACUGUAGGCAAUGUGACUUACAAAAAUGCUUAUUGUGCAUUUUGCAAUCACCUCAUCAACGUCAGUGAGUACAUCUUCUGGCAAUCAGAGCUCAUAUGUAAUAAUACUGAUGUCUCCAUGCUUAAUGGCUCCCGUUCAAACAACUCCCUGGAAACAGUGAUUAAGCACUGCCAAAUCAACAAGUUUCAAUUGCCUUUCUUAAAAAGGAAUGCUAGCAAACCUGCUGUCAAUCUUUCUGCAGCGGCUCGGUCUUGUAUGAUAGUAGAGACAAAAUGUCUGCCAUAUCAUGAAGUCUAUCCACUCACUAACAUGUCAACAUUCGAAUAUGAAUGUUUGCAACUGAGCUGUCAUAGACAGACUGAGUACGUCAGAGCACAAAAUCGAUAUUUCAAGAACCGAUUUUGUGCUGUCUGUAAUGGAUUUAAUCUCUCAGAAGUAGAAUGCACUGCUCCUGUUGAUGACGAGGAUAAAACCAGUCAUAUAACAGAUGACGCUCCUAGUAAUUUUGUCAUGUUGAUGGAUUUCACAAGCAGUGGACACUUUGCUUUCUCCUCACUCCGGAUGACUACAAAAACUAUUUCUCACAGCUGUCCUAUCAACCAAGUCUAUGACCCUCACAUACAGCAGUGCAGACGACUGACAUGUAUUGCAAAAACAAAUUGUGACAAACCUAAUAGUUAUAGUAACCAGCAACACACAGUCAUCACAUUUAACCUCAUUCUGUCAGCCAAUGUUUCCAACAACAUCUUGAACAACAGUUUCCAUGACAAUUCCUUCCUUGAUGAAUUUGAAAACAUUUUGUAUCAUCGCCUUACAUUGUCCUUGAAUACCAGCAUCAUGAGUCUUGAUAUCAGUGUUGAAGCAAGCAGCACAGUGUUUGUGACAGCAACUGUACAACAACCUGCAGCAAAUGCUAGCUUAACACUCAAUUUAGGAAGUUUUUCACUUCAUGGAGUGAAGUUCACUCACAUACUAUCAGAAACAAACAGUGAAUUACACCUUGACUGUCCUCUCAUUACACUCAACACAAGCGAGUUCAAUCAACUCAGUAAUGGAACAGUCAUUGAAAAAGCAAGUGGCAUGAAGUUGAAAAGAGGUGAAUACAUUUUGCUGUCAAAUGGCCGAUUGAGACACUGCAGUAAUUACAGUAGAAACUACACAACCACUGAGACUGACUUUGUGUGGAAUUACAAAGAAUUUGUUAUCAUUCUGUCAGUCGUUGGAAGUAUUCUGAACAUUAUAUCAUGUUCAAUAGUCUUACUCACAUAUGCCUGCUUCAAAUCACUUCGAACUCUUCCUGGAUUCAAUUUGAUCAACCUUGUCACAGCCAUCUUGCUCUCUCAUUUGGUUUUAAUCACAGGAGCAGGCCACGUCAAUGAUAUUCAAGUCUGUACAGCUGUGGCCUUCUUCUUACAUUUUUUCUUCUUUAGCACCUUCACGUGGUCAAGUGUAGCAGCGUUUGACAUCCUCCGGACAUUUGUGAUUGACAAGGCAAAAAGCCAUCUGAGAACAGUGUCUAUGAGACAGACCAUUAUGAAAUAUUGUGCAUAUGGCUGGGGGCUCCCUCUUCUCGUAUGUACAACAUGCCUACUACUUGACAAGGUCUCAACCAUUAAUAUCAGUUAUGGCAACAAGUCCAUGUGCUGGAUUACCAAUGCAAACGCUCUAAUUGUUGUCUUCAUAGUUCCAGUCUCUUUGAUCAUUCUUUUCAACUCUGUUGUGUUUGUUGUAUCAGCACGAGCUAUACAUAUUGGUUUAAAGCAUUCUGCAACACUGCAUGCACUGAAAGGACAAAGUCAACGAAGAAGAAGAAGUAGCAUAUCACUGCAACCAGAAACAGCUAAAAAACUGAAAAAAGAAGUCACUGCAUUGUUCAGUAUUUUCUCUCUUCUCAGUCUUACAUGGGUGUUUGCUCUCAUAGCAGCAUCAAAGAAGACCAGCUUCUUUUGGUACCCAUUUAUGGUGUUCACUUCACUGCAAGGAGUCUUCCUCCUUAUCAGCUAUGUUCUGAAGAAACAAGUAAGACAAGAAUAUAAAAGGGCAAUCAUCAAGAUAGUGAAACGAAUGGAUGAGACAAGCCGCUCUUCAACAAAUGACAAGCGCACAAGUUCAACAAAACUAUAGCACACACGUACAUUAUACCAGUACUAGAUAUUAACUGUAAACAUGUAACGUUCCAGCUAGCAUUUUGGUUGUACAUGCACAUGUAGGUGUACACUUAUGUUUUGCCGCAAAAACACCUACAGAACCUCAACUUGUAGUAAGUUGCAUUCUGUUUUGCCUUUUAUAAUCAUCACACCAGGUGACUAAACAAAUAAUUCUUUGUGACUUUAGAUACAGCAAACAAGAAUACUUGUAUCGAAAUAUAAUGUGGUGGUAUGCUUUCUUGACACAUCAACAAUUGUUUUGAAAAGUAAGCAUGCUGCUUUCAAAGGGCACCUCUAUACAACCUCACAUUUCCCUAAUUUAUCAGCUGCAGUACUUGUAUCACACAGUCACUUUCCUUAACAGUUUAGAGAAGGCAGAGAGGUACUAAAUGCUACAUCACAAAUUUAAUUACAACAUCAAGCAAACUACAACUGUAAUUAAAUUUUAAGUAUUCAUUCAUACUAGAGAUGGAAUACAUAUGCAGAUUACCAUUAAUGUCAUGCUGGUGCUUGCUCAAAUCAACAAACUGAAUUCACAACAAAUAUUGCAGUUUGAUGCAAAACACACUUGAAAUUAUGAUCUUACAUUGCCU